GAAGCUGUCGCAGUCACCACCCUGCCGGCAGCCGCAGGUCACCGGGUCACCUCUCUGGUUCACUCUUCCGGGUUCCAAGGCCUGGGUGGGGCGACCGAGCCACAAGUGCAGCGGCAAUUAGCUGUGAGUCCCCGGGGGCCGAGCCCGGCCGCCCUCCUCUCUACCUGGGACUUUCUUCCGGCUAGAACUCUACAAAGAUCUCGCUGUCCUCCAACUUCCAAUCGCCUUCUCCACCUCCUUCCCCGCCCCACCUGGCCCAGGCGUGGAUCCUGGGUGUCUCCUCCCCUUCCCACUUCCAGCUCCUUCUACGGAGUUUGAUUUGAACUUUCGAACUCGCCAAUCAUCGGCCUCGGUGCGGCCCGGGGCGGGGUCCGGUGUCCGCCCUCCCGACGCGUGGCCCAGCCAGGGUAUAUAAGGUCUCUCCUGGAGGCAGACCUCACACAGCUUCUCCCCCGGACUCCUUGGUAGUCUGCAAGUGGGAGAUCUUCGUCACCCUCUCUUCAUUCCCUCAGUUUUCGCGGACCACUUCAAGGACUAAAUAUGCGUGAGUGCAUCUCCAUCCACGUUGGCCAGGCUGGUGUCCAGAUCGGCAAUGCCUGCUGGGAGCUCUACUGCCUGGAACAUGGCAUCCAGCCUGAUGGCCAGAUGCCAAGUGACAAGACCAUUGGGGGAGGAGAUGACUCCUUCAACACCUUCUUCAGUGAGACAGGGGCUGGCAAGCAUGUGCCCCGGGCAGUGUUCGUAGACCUGGAACCCACAGUCAUCGAUGAGGUUCGCACUGGCACCUACCGCCAGCUCUUCCACCCUGAGCAGCUCAUCACAGGCAAGGAAGAUGCUGCCAAUAACUACGCCCGUGGCCACUACACCAUUGGCAAGGAGAUCAUCGACCUUGUCUUGGACAGGAUUCGCAAGCUGGCUGACCAGUGCACGGGUCUCCAGGGCUUCUUGGUUUUCCACAGCUUUGGUGGGGGAACUGGCUCUGGCUUCACCUCCCUGCUGAUGGAACGGCUCUCUGUAGAUUACGGAAAGAAGUCCAAGCUGGAAUUCUCCAUCUACCCAGCCCCCCAGGUUUCCACUGCUGUGGUUGAGCCCUACAAUUCCAUCCUCACCACCCAUACCACCCUGGAGCACUCUGAUUGUGCCUUCAUGGUAGACAAUGAGGCCAUCUAUGACAUCUGUCGUAGAAACCUCGACAUUGAGCGCCCAACCUACACUAACCUUAACCGCCUUAUUAGCCAGAUUGUGUCUUCCAUCACUGCUUCCCUCAGAUUUGAUGGGGCCUUGAAUGUUGAUCUGACAGAAUUCCAGACCAACCUGGUACCCUACCCUCGUAUCCACUUCCCUCUGGCCACCUAUGCUCCUGUCAUCUCUGCUGAGAAAGCCUACCAUGAGCAGCUUACAGUAGCAGAGAUCACCAAUGCCUGCUUUGAGCCAGCCAACCAGAUGGUGAAAUGUGACCCUCGCCAUGGUAAAUACAUGGCUUGCUGCCUGCUGUACCGUGGUGAUGUGGUUCCCAAAGAUGUCAAUGCUGCCAUUGCCACCAUCAAGACCAAGCGUACCAUCCAGUUUGUGGACUGGUGUCCCACUGGCUUCAAGGUUGGCAUUAAUUACCAGCCUCCCACUGUGGUACCUGGUGGUGACCUGGCCAAGGUCCAGAGAGCUGUGUGCAUGCUGAGCAACACCACAGCCAUUGCUGAGGCCUGGGCCCGCCUAGAUCACAAGUUUGAUCUGAUGUAUGCCAAGCGUGCCUUUGUGCACUGGUAUGUGGGUGAGGGCAUGGAGGAGGGAGAGUUCUCUGAGGCCCGUGAGGACAUGGCUGCCCUGGAGAAGGAUUAUGAGGAGGUUGGGGCAGACAGUGCUGAAGGAGACGAUGAGGGUGAGGAAUAUUAACUCAUGUGCUGCAACUUUACACUGCUGUGGUCUCUUUGUCUUUGCAUGUGUCCUAACUUAACUGUCCUAAACUGUCAAUAAAGGUGUUUCCGAUUUAAGUGGGAAACUGGCA